AUGAAGAUUAGAGUUGAAUUCCUGAAUGGCAAUGAACAUAGGAGCAACCCAGUGUGCCAGUCAGUGUCACAUAUAUUCGAUGGAGAUACAGCGGUGAAGGAUCAUAUCAAGGUGUUGUUGACUCACUUUAAGAUACCAGUGGAGAAGGUCGCCUCGUACGCCUUGCAGAACCCCGUCACACUUCAAUAUGUCGAGGACGCCUUCCUCACGCCUGAGAAGCUGGUCGAGGCCGAGAAGUCCUACUUCCUGCUGCGCAUGCGUCCUCAGGCGAUUGCCCAGCGAGUGAUUGAGAACCUCAAGCUGAACUCACCCACGUCGCCCACGACCAAGGACAUCAUCUUCAACAUCCGUUUCCAACUCAAGGACGACGAGUACGUCGAGGAGUUCAUCUCAAAGGGCGGCAUCAACAUCUUGCUCGACAUCAUCGUUAAGAGCCAUGGCAACACUCAGUCGUACGCCUUGACCGCGUUGCGUUGCUUCAUGGGCUACCAUAGCGGCCUCGACGAGGUCAUGAGCCGUCCGCAGCUCAUCGACCGAUUGUACUCGCUGCUGACCUCAACUGUGCUGGCGAGCGUGUGUCGUCAAGCGAUCGAGUUGUUGUUCGUCGUGUGCAACUUUGAUGGUUUCUCAUUGGUCCAUCGUGCAGCCAAGAACUACAGUGUCGAGACCAGCACGACACCCUACAGCAACCUGAUCACAAUGCUACAGAGUGGCGACCUGGAGACUCAGCUCAACACGCUGACUCUCUUUAACUGUCUGCUCGAGAACGCACCCAACCCACGCAAGGUAGAGAAGCUACUUACGCGCUGGAAGUCGCUGGGCAUUGUCAAGAUCCUCAAGAGCCAGGAGCACUUCACUCACUCAGACUUCAAGACACAGCUCGCUCGGUUUCAGUCGAUGGCUGGAAUCACCUUUGAGGUCGGCGGGAGGAAACGCCCAGAGUUAACUCGUGGCAUGUCGCAGCAAGACAUGGAGAUGACUCUGUUGCAGUAUCAGGAGCAGCAGCCACUUGUCCGUCUAUUGAGCCACGAGCUCAAGUUCCUGCGUAAUGCCAUCAAGUCUGCCAUUGAGAAUGGCUCAUACAUCAACUACCGCGCACCAACCGAGCGAUACGACGAGUACUUGGCCAAGAAGAAUGACAUCAUUGGAGAGGGCCCAGUCAACAUAUCCUACAUCAAGCGUCACGACAAGUUUACCAGCGCCUUUAGGAAGAGCAUGUAUGUUCGCUCGCCAAACACAUCAUACUUGUUCGACUCGUCAACCCUUGAGGAGGACAGCUUUGAUGAUGACGAUGAUGCUUCAACUGCAUCGUCAAACAACAACAACAACAAUAAUCCAAAGUCAAAGACGGCUGAGCCUACAAUGUCACCAAUAAUGGACAAGACUACAACUCUUCAGCUGCCACCAAAGGCUGAGAAGAAGAUUGCAGCAGAGCAUGGUGGUGGCGGUAAGCCACCCGUAUCCGCAGCUGCCGGUGUCCAAUUCAAUCUGUUUGAUGUCUCACACUCGCCAAAGCCACCUCCCAGAACCUACAUCAAGUCAUCUGCGCCAACAAAGCAGCCAAUUACACCAAAGAAGAGAAUGAAGCCACUCCCAUGGAGCAGGAUCAUCAAUCAUCCAGGAGAAGGAAAGAAGUCAAUCUGGAACAUAUUGCCAGAGGUUGCAUUCGAUGAGGAACAGUUUGUUGACUUGUUCUCUUUGUACACUGAGAAGUUGGUGUCGUUCAAUGGUUCGCCAGUACUAUCAUCCGCAAACAGUACCCAGCAGACAGGACCAAACAAGAAGCCCAUUCAAAAGGUCAUCAGUGUACUGUCACAAAAGAGAUCGAAUGCCAUCUCUAUUAUGUGCAGCAAGUUGCCAAGCGAUGAGAAUUUGAUCAGAGCACUCAGAGAGCUGGACUCAUCCAAGCUCACACUGGAGCAAGUGUCCAGCCUGCACACCAACAUACCCACCCAGGAGGAGAUGUCAUCGAUCCUCGAGCUGAACGAGGACUUUGUCUUGGACAAGCCUGAGCGAUGGUGUCUGAUGAUCGAUGGCUUCCCAAAGGUCAAGCAAAGAUUGAGAGUAUGGGAGUUCAUGCUCCGCUUCGAUGACCUGAUCAAGAGUAUCUCGGACUCGACCGACAUUGUAUCGAUCGCAUCCAACGAGCUCAAGACCAGCUAUUCGUUGAUACAUCUUAUGGGCAUCCUUGUGGCGCUUGGAAACUACAUGAAUGGUGGCAACGUCAACAGGGGCCAAGCAGAUGGCUUCCAAUUGGAUGCCUUUAACAAGAUCCUUGAGAUCAGAGACAAUCAGAACAGUGGGUCAUUGUUGGACUUUGCCAUCAAGACUCUUCUGGCCAACCAUCCCAAGAGCUACGUGCUGCCAAACGAGCUGUCACACAUUUCCAACGCGUCACUGAUCAACCUGCAAGAGGUGGGCAACCAGCUGUCCAAGCUCUCGAACGACUUCAAUGAGCUGACCGCUGAGGUGAACGAGAUUGUCAACUCGACAGACAGUGAGGAUCCAUUCAUUGUGAUCGCACCAGGCUUCAUGAACACCGCCUUCAACAAGCUCAAGGCCACCCAGAAGAACUACCUUGAGACGGAGAAGUUGUUCAACGAGGUGCAUGAGUUCUUCAAUCCAUACUCUGCACCUCUGCCAUCGACCACCAGUGGCGGUACGUCCACUGCCAACAUGCUGGACUCGUCCACCAGCAAUGCCAACGCCGCCAGAGACUCUGGCAAGUACAACACCGAGAAGUUCUUCACGUUGUUUAGCACUAUUAUCACAGCGUUCAAGAAGUCGCCCUCCAAGAGAAUGUCGCAGAAGGGACAUGGACUAAAGAUUGGCGAUUCAGAGGAUCCAGUGGCUACCAUUAUCGAGUCACUCAAAAAGAACAUUGAUGUCUCAAAGAGACCAAUCCCAGCCUAA